AUGAAAUCAUUGAAUACUUCCUUUGAAGCUCCUGCUUUUAAAAUUGUACCAUCUCAAAGUAAGAACACUUCUCGUGAUGAUGAUAAUUGUUUGAAACAAGCCAAAGAAAAUCAAAAACCAACCAAUCAUGAUUGUGAAUCGAUCACCUCCUCUUCUUUGAAUCAUCCUGUCAAUAAUGGUCCACCAUCCUCGUCAUCAUUGACUAGAAGAAGAACAAGAACCAACAAUGCCACUCCUCCUCCUCCUUCGAACAACCACAACAGUACGACUCAUUCCAGUCAUCGAUCCUCAAGUGCUCAUAGUCAAUGUUCGAGUUCAUCAUGUACAUGCUCCUCUCAAUCGUCCAUGACUACGAGUGCCAGUACGACGACCAGUACCACCACCACCAACACGACUCAUGGGUCAUCAUGUACAUGCUCCUCUCAAUCGAAUACAAAAACUUCUACUCCAACUUCUACUGCAACUCCAACUUCUACUGCAACUCCAACUACAACUCCAACUACAAAAACUUCUACAACUUCUACUACAACUACAACUUGUUCUACUGCAACUUCUACACCCAACAGUCAUGGUACCAUUCAACAACAACAACAACAACAAUUAUCGAACACAAAUAAUUCCCUGUUCGAUGAAGAAUUACUUUUAGAAGUGUGUGGUUCUGAAGAGGCAUAUCAAUUAUUCACAUCAUCCAAACAUCAAGAUCGUGAAGAGUUCAUGACUCGAUUGAUUCAAUGGAUUCAACAAUCUUCAAAUUUACCUCAUGGAUUCAUGCUAUUUCCAUCCGUACAUUUACCAAUUGAAAAAUCCAAAGUGUUAAAAGCUAUUGCAAUGAUUUUGAAAACAACACUUGCUGAUAAAACCAUCAAGAUUGUCAAAUUAGCAUAUUCAGCAUGUACUUGUUUAGUAGAAUCAGCACCAGUCAUACAAGCUAAAAACAUGACACAUUUAAAAGAAGGAUUAUCAUUAAUUAUUCCAUUAUUGAUGGAGAAAGUGAUUGAUUCCAAUGAUAGAAAUAGAAAGAGUGCAGUUUCAAUUUUAACAACAAUGUCCAAUGUAAAAGUCAUUUCAAAACUGGUCGUUCAAUAUGCAUUGCAAUCGUUGAAUGUUGUUGGUAAAGUACUUUCACCAAAAGCCAUACAAGGAAGAUUAUCAUUGAUUGAAUCACUCAUUCUCAAACAUGGAUUGUCUUGUGAUCAUUAUAUCACCACGAGUGUCAAUACUACUACUACUAAUAUAGGUAACACAAGUAAUAAUACUACUCCUACAAGUAAUAACAAUAACAAUCACAACAAUCACAACAAUCACAACAAUAACAACAAUAACAAUCACAAUAACAAUCACAAUAACAACAACCAUUCAACCCACCAUUCAACCACCACAUUCCAUCUCUCACCCAUUCCAAUUCAUGGUCCUCUUCUUCAAAUUCUCAAUGAAUGUCUCUCUCAUAAAACAGCUCAAGUCAAAGACUCGUGUAUGGAUCUACUCGUUACUAUUCACCAACGAUUAGGCAAAGAGUUAUUUGAACGUCAUGUCGUCCUACUCGACAAAUUAUCAAGUGCAUCGAUUCAAAAAAUUGAACAAAAACUUAGAACUAGAAAACAAUUAGAAGAAGAACAACAAGAAUCGAAAAAGAAAGAAAUUAUCAUUGAAUUCCAACCAGGUGAUAUUACACGAGAAUUAUUAUUGAAAAAAUCAUUAAGGAGAAUUCAAAAUGGUGAAUCGAUUCGAUCUUAUUUGAAAUCUCUCACUCAUUUACAUUUUGAUUCUUGUAAUAUUUCUCAAAUUGUGAAUUUAGAACAUUGUCCUAAUUUAAGAGUACUCUAUUUGUAUGAUAAUAAGAUUUCUAAAAUUGAAGGUCUAUCGAAUAAUAAGAAUCUCAUUCAUUUACAUUUACAUCAUAAUUUAAUUGAAAAGAUUGAAGGAUUAGAUCAAUUAGUGAAUUUACAAAAAUUAUAUUUAAAUCAUAAUCGAAUUCGUCGUUUAGAAGGUUUAAAUCAAUUAACAAAAUUAGAAGAAUUGUAUUUACAACAUCAAGACAUUGAACAAGGAAUGACCAUUGAUGAAACAGUCAUGAUGAAUUUAAAAUCCUCUCUCACCAUUCUCAAUCUCAGUCAUAACAAGAUGAAUCAAAGUAUACAUGCCAUUGCUACUCAUCUUGAACAUCUCAUUGAAUUAGAUUUGAGUAAGAAUCUCAUAGAAAUCAAUCAAAUGGAUUCUAUUUUACUUUUAUUACAACAUAAUACUCUUUUACAUUCUCUCAAUUUAUUGAAUAAUCCAAUGUUCAGUGAUGACAUGAUACAAAGUUACAAGAUUAGAGAUCAAAUCAUCAUGAAUAGUAGUUCUCAUCUCACUUUAUUGAAUGAUAUUGAAAUAUCAGAGAUUCAAAGAGAAUUUUUACUUUCCAAGAUGAAACAUGUAAUGAUGACCAAUAGUGUAUGA